UUUUCCACCUUUUAGCAGAAGAAACAUGUAUCAGUAUCCAGUUCGAGGACUGGAGAAAAUCAGAAGAACUAGAAGAAAAGUAAAAAAUAUCUUGAGUGACUUUGGCCUCGAGGAGUGUCUAAGCUUGUGUGAGAACCUCCAGGAGUUUGAUCCAGGUGAAAGUGUUUUUAAUGCUACUGAAUGGGCCGAUUUUUGUGAUGGAUUUAACGGCAAGUGGAAGAAAAAGUGGGAAUAUCGAACCCGGGGGCUGUGCUGCUCCUUGUGUAAAUUUUCCACCCGGUCCUGGCAUUCGUUCAAGACUCAUAUUCAUCGCUGCCAUGAUGAGGAACAGUCACUCUGUAAUCUUUCUGCCUGCUCGUCCUGCCCAUUCAUCGCUCAUCCUAAAGUGAUCGCUAAACAUUACAAACUCUUCCAUUUAGAAGAUCAAAGGGUGGAACCCGAACCUGUGCCGCCCAAUUUGUCUGCCAGAGCUGGGACCGGCCGUAUAUAUCAGUGCCGAAAAUGCUCAGUUCACGAUGAUCUCCUGUAUAGCAUGAAAAAGCAUGUCCUCGUUAACCAUUAUGUGACACUGCUGAAUCGUUUUGCUGGACAAAGAACGGACGGUGAAGUGCGGAUCCUUGGGGGGGCGCACAAGAAAUUUUUCUGUAAGGUCUGUGGUGCAAAUGCCGACACCUCUGAGCACUUGCUUUAUCACAUACUGACUUCGGACAAGCACAAGGAAUUGGAUAUGCACAUUAAUGCUCUGAUUUUCGAAAGAGACACUCGGAAGACGCAUCCUAUUCUAGCACCAAAAGCCCAAGCUCAUAUAUUACCAGCACCAAAUGGCCAACUUUUAAUGCCUCGUCCAGCACCUCCUGUGCCGAUCCUGCAGGGAGUGCCAAACGGUGGCCCUAGAUUAAUCACUGCUCCUAACACUGUUCUUCCAGUUCAAGCCUCAGCCCUGGUUCAGCUUGCUAGUGCUGAGGCGAAGGGUUUGCUGCAACCUGGUCAGUCGCUGACUCUCCAGAACGUUCCAUCUGCUAGAACUGUCUCUGCAACAUUGCCUCCUAUUGGAAACAUGGCUCCCGUGCCCGCUCCUGUGCCAGCACUUCAUCCAGGUAUUCCACGCCCACCUCCAGUCAGUGUAGGAGUCCCAGGUCCUCUUCAUGCUCCACCCCGCCAAGUUUUGCUCCCACCAGGGUUACAGUUUAAUGUGCCGGCUGUAAGAUCACCACCACAGCCAGUGAUUGUUCCUCCAAGGUUCCCCUUAAACCAGCCUACUCCUCGGGGUACGAUGCUUACAUCACAGUCCCUUCUAAAUCAUCUGAUCCCCACAGGAAACAAGGUAGAUGGACUGCCAACCUACACCCUUGCUCCCUUACAAGUAUUGUCUGUUCAGCCAAACAAUUCAAAAGCGAUGCACAAUGCAGCUUUUCCAGGUUACCAAAACAAUGGUCCUCUUCAGCAAAACUUAGCGUCCAGCAAUAAUUCCCAGGACUCCAAGCAGACCAAAAAAUGGGUCACUUGCCCAAUUUGCAAUGAGCUUUUCCCAUCGAAUGUGUACGACUCACAUGUCCAGAUCCAUAAAGACACUGCCAAAAAGACCAAGAUAGGCCUGGCUGCCAGGGCAACCUUUUUAAAGAAGAUGCCGGACAAGACGGUGAAAUGCCUAAUGUGUAAAACCUUGCUUUCUGAAAAAGGGGUUUUUGAACAUCUGCUUCAUGGUUUAAACUGCUUGUUUUGUCCUGGGAUGUUCCACUCCGUCAAGCAGCUGGUUGCACAUGUACACGUGGAACACAAUUCAACCCAAAAAGUCAACUGUGACUUUAUGAGACGAGAAUAUCGUCUUUACACUGAUGAGUUUGGACAGCUUCUGUUCCCGUAUUUUGAUAUUAACACUACAGCCCCGAAAGAAAUUAUGGGAGAGAAAGAGCUAAACUUGGCACUAGUUACUAAUUCCCUUGAUCUGAUCUUUUUGAGGAUGUCGCCCAUGAAUCCUCAACCUGUCUGCAAGAUGCCUGUGCCUAAGCCAGGCAGCACGGACUGCGUCUUCUGUUCUCAAAAGCUGUUAAACAUGGAGUGCUAUCAAAUGCACCUCAGAGAAAAGCACUUUAUUGUGCCUACCGUUCACGCCAUUCUAAAAACGCCAGCGUACAAGUGUGUCUACUGCGGUGGGGUAUACACAGGCAAAAUCACAGUCAAGGCUAUCGGUGUUCAUGUAUUUAAAUGUCGCUGUGCUCCCAAGUCCUGCAGAGAGGCUGAAAAGAUAAAGUGUUCUGGGGUAACCAUUGCCCCUAGACCAGGUCAAGGGUUAUUGUCAUACCCAGCCUCACCAAGACAGACCACUGCUCCAGUUCCAGGACUAGUCCAAGCUUCUGUUCCAGCACAGCAGUCGUCAGAGACAAAUGCAGAAUUGCAGAGCAAGUUAAGGCUGGAGCUGGCUGUAAAAGAAGCCAUAGAGGCAAACAAAAGAGAAAGAGAAGCCAGGCUUGCAAGGAAGAGGAAAUUUGAGAAAGACCGCUUGGCUGGUUUAAUUCUUCCUUCACCUGAAAUGCAGGAUGAUCCUUCUGUCCAGUUUGCCCUGGAUCCCACAGGAGUGGAGCUGCGCUCCUUUGAAGAUCGCCGGGAGUUCAUAAACAUGUAUUUUAACAAACAGCCCUACCCGUUCAAGAAGGAGAUCCUUGCCCUGAGCCACCGUCUACUGCUGAACAAAACUGAUGUUGCCUGUCAGCUUGGCGCUAAACGCACCAGAUGUAUGAAGCAACUUCAGCGAAACAAAUCAGUUGUGCUGUUAGGCUUUAACAUGUCUGAGUUAAUGAAAGUAAAGCACAACAUGCUUAUUCCAGAGAUAGAGCCAGAGAGGCCAUUUAUAGAAAAACAACCUCAAUCGAAGGAUCCCGAAACACCAGAACCUGAGACUAAGAAUUCCAAAACACCAGAACCUGAGACUAAGAAUUCCAAAACACCAGAACCUGAGAGGGAGGAUCCUGAAACACCAGAACCUGAGAGGGAGGAUCCUGAAACACCAGAACCUGAGAGGGAGGAUCCUGAAACACCAGAACCUGAGAGGGAGGAUCCUGAAACACCAGAACCUGAAAACAAGGAUCCCGAAACAUAGGAGCAAGAAAUUCAGGAACAGGCAGAAAUGUAAUGUUGGAAAAGACUUACUAAAGGUUGCCAAGUUCAUUAGUCUUUCCUAAGAGAUUGAAGAGUGGGAAGAUGUGGAUAGGUGGACUUUUCAAAACAAUGCAAAGUCUAUGGUAUAAACAGUAGGUCAGUUUUCAACCACAGUUAUCUUAGUUUUGUAGUCUUGUUAUUGGAGCUGAAUGAUAAGAUAAACGGCGUUCUGCGUUUGUAUGCU